GUUAGUCCUCGUGGGGGGGAACCAGCCAUCGUAUGUAUAUGUACCAUCAAGCUCAAGACCCAACUAACAAGUAAUAUAACAACCAAGUGUAUAAACUAGCCAAGCAAACUUUCAAGGCCUCUCCAUCGAGUGUGUGGAGAGCUGAGUGAGAGAAAAGUAACAGAGUAAGACAAGACGUGCCAGAGUUUGGAUAUAUGCACAAGUUGCUCGGGACGUCAGCACGGGAGCAGGACUAGGACAUUUGUGUUAUACCUCCUGCCUGCAUGUACAUGUCGUUAUCAAUUGCAUUCUGUUGAGAGUGUGCGGAGUUUUCAUGGAAUUAUUCGCCAUGUGCGACUCCGGGUGUGACUUGACGCGGCGUUCGGCCAGCAUCCAGAAUCAUCAAUGACCAAAAUCAUCAACAUCAUCUGCGAGUCUGAACGUCAACCAACGUACAAGUUGUGUGUGUGAUAUCCUACGAGAUAGAGUCAACGGGAAGAUUGAGAGAGGCUGCUGUUGCUGUUGAAUAUAGAGAACGGACAGACAGACAGUGUUGUAGAGGCGGGGACGAGACCCGUGCGCGGUAUUGCCCGUCACAUUUUAUACUUAAACUAAAGAAAAAGGAGUAAAUAAUAUUUGAAACAAAAUAUAAAUACUCUUGGGCCCUUCUGCGGGUGUGUCGGGCGUGUCUUAUAUAUUAUAUACAAAUUUUAAACGUGUUUUAUUAACGCUAAAUAGUAACCCUCAUCACACGGGUUUUACUUUAUUUACUUACAAGACGGUCUUGUGUUAUCAUUGUUAUUAUUAUUAUUAUUUAAGUGAUAAUAAUAAUAAUUUUUUGGGUAGUGAUUUUUAAUCGUGCUGUGCGGGUGAAAUAGUUGUGUGCUUUAGUAGAGAUUUUAGUUAGAUAGAAAUCUAGUGCUGGAAAAAGAAAGAGUGCGGGAGAGAAGGCGAAUAUUGAGGAUUUAAUACAACAGAGAGAGAAAGAGAACACGAGUCGUGUAUCAAGAUGGCGCAUAAUUUGGCACCGAGCGUUAACUGCUCGCUCGACGACAUCGACUUGAAUGCACUCAAGGAUCCAGCGGGUAUCUUCGAGCUCAUCGAGGUCGUUGGCAAUGGAACUUACGGUCAAGUUUACAAGGGCCGACACACCAAAACGGGCCAGCUGGCGGCCAUUAAAGUUAUGGACGUCACGGAGGACGAAGAAGAAGAAAUAAAACUCGAAAUAAAUGUCCUCAAAAAGUACUCAAAUCACAGAAAUAUUGCAACAUAUUAUGGAGCUUUUGUUAAAAAAUCACCACCCGGGAAAGAUGACCAGCUGUGGCUGGUUAUGGAGUACUGCGGGGCUGGCUCGGUCACUGAUUUAGUUAAAUCAACAAAAGGCCAAAGUUUAAAGGAGGAGUGGAUCGCUUAUAUCUCGCGAGAGAUUUUAAGAGGACUCAGCUACCUUCAUAGUAAUAAAGUAAUUCAUAGGGAUAUCAAAGGGCAAAAUGUAUUGUUAACAGACAACGCCGAAGUCAAAUUAGUUGAUUUCGGUGUAAGUGCACAAUUAGAUCGUACAAUCGGUAGAAGAAAUACAUUUAUUGGUACGCCAUACUGGAUGGCUCCCGAAGUUAUCGCAUGUGAUGAAAAUCCAGACGCAACUUAUGACAAUAGGAGUGACCUGUGGUCUCUCGGUAUCACGGCGCUUGAAAUGGCCGAAUCACAGCCUCCUCUCUGUGAUUUACAUCCCAUGAGAGCCCUGUUUUUAAUUCCACGUAACAUGCCGCCGAGAUUAAAAUCUAAAAAAUGGGCCAAGAAAUUUCACGGUUUUAUUGAAACGGUCCUAGUAAAGGAUUAUCAUCAAAGGCCGUAUACAGAGCAGCUACUAAAGCAUCCAUUCAUCCGGGACCAACCAACGGAGCGUCAAGUAAGGAUACAGCUGAAAGACCACAUCGAUCGUUGUAAGAAACGUAAACAAGAGAAAGAACGAGAUGAUUAUCGGUACAGCGGUAGCGAAAACGAAGAAGACGAGCCAGCGCUCGCUGGUGAACCAUCGUCAAUCGUUCAAGCACCUGGUGGAGAUACUCUACGCCGUAACUUCCAACAGAUUCAAGAGGGUAGAACGUUGACCCAGGACAUUCCCCAGCAGCCGGCGCAUCCGAACAAAGAGAAACAGUCUAGUAGAGGCCAAAGAGAAAUUCCAGAACCUGGUCCUCCAGCACGACCGGCUAUUCCUCACAGACUUAUCGAACCUCAACCGCCUUCUCGACCUCUACCGCCGACACCUCGUGACGAUCCAAGACAACCGCACAAAGUAUCAACUCCACCGUCUAAUCAUCACUCAGCAGUCAAUUCCGGUGGAGCUGGCAGUGGCGGAUCAGGUGGUCAAGCCGCUCCACAGCGAAAUAGCCAUAUCUUCAAACCUAUGCUGCCACCAAGAAGGCCGGAGGACUUGGACAUGCUGUGUGCUCAACUCAACGAGCUUGGUGUGUCACAGGGCCCAGAAGCCCCGCCGAGGCCCAAUCGACAACACAAGAGCCCCGCACCGGCACAGUCGACAAACGCGGCACCGCACUCGGCUCAACCUGUCGCCAAUAAUGAACAGAACAACAAACAGAUGCCUCAAUCCUCCAGUAUUCUUGAUCAAGCACUAUCAGUUGAAAGUGACAGUGACGAUGAUUUCGAAGAUGCUACCGGAAAUAAUGCACGAAAUGACGGAACACUAUUAGCCAGUGAUCCGCCAAAACCUCUUCCUGAAUUUGCUUUCAGACCGUCUUCAGAUUCAUCUUCAUCUUCCUCGCACAAUGCCCAAAACCAUCAUGAAGGAGGAGGCGCGCCAAAUCGACCGUUACCACCAACUCCAGACGAAGAAGAAUCUGGUGAUCGUACGCUAGUCAUGAAAAGAAAAUUAACACCAAUCACAACAAUCACCUCCACAACAUCAUCAUCAUCAUCAUCAACAACGACAACAACCACAACAACAACAACACCAACACCAAGCACGACUGCAAUGACAAAUAGCAACAGUAGUAAAACAACGACGACGACGGACGAUAGAGCGGUAGUUGCGAGCAACAGGCACUCCGAAAUUGACGAGCAAUUGCUCCUCAAGGAGUGGGACUUUACUCGCUUCUUUCAAGGGUGUAACGAAAGGUUGGAUAAAAUGAAACAGGAGGCGAGUAGCAGUGGGAAAUCUGCUAGUGAUGAGAGGUCAUCAUCCUCAAGUGACAGGACAUUGAAGCGGUACGACGCCGCGGGAAGACGAAAAGAUCAACCUCAAGCUCAACCUCACCAGCCUCAGGUUCACCAUCAUAAACAGAACAGUCAUAAAUCGUCUCAACAGUCGCAGUCAUCCCAACUGAAAGCGGUUCACCGGCGUCAAGAGUCCGAUUCAAAGUUGGGAAACACGAGUGCAUUUGCCCGGGCAUUCAGACGAGAGAACUCGGAUUUUUUCCCAUCAACGAGACACUCGGCCUACCUGCAAAAGUCUGAACCGCGGUCUAGUAUGUUCUCCAGUGGGAACAGACGUGGCAGCGAGAUAAGUGUGGCCGGAAUAUUGGGAAAAAAAUCCAGCGGAUUGGCACCCGGUGAGCCGGUACUGACAGAAUUCUCCUACGGACGGGAACCGACUACGCCUACCGCUGGCAGUGGACUACUUCAGCGGCCAAGACGCGAGAAGACAGAGAGUGAAAUUGUUUUCGGUAGCAGUAGCAGUAGACAGCAAGACUUUUUGCGAGAACGUCACGAGGCUAGACUGUUACGCGCUGCUGCUGCUACUGCUGCGGAAGACUUGUCCUCAAGAAGACGGAGUUUUAGGCCCUCGGAUAGCCCAACCUCAAACUCGCUGAAUGCUACUAACUCGACAAUGUCUUCCGAUGAUGGAGGGACUAUUAAAUCUACUGCUAGUACAACUGCUAGCGAGUACAGCCCGGUUAUCAGUCAGAAUCGUGAUGGUGAUCGUGCGAGAAGUAGCGGCGGCGGUGAUUUCCAGAGGUCAGACUCAUCACCAGGCUCACGACCAAGCUCUGUUCUCCCAGACCUUUUGACCUCGUCACCGGGUCAGCGACAAGACAAAUCAACCAGCGAAGAGCAGUAUCGACAAGCUGUUAAAACACCCGCACCUCUUGCACUCCAACAGAAACAGCGUUCAUUCCUGACAUUUGGUUUUGGUGCCGGUCCUGCACGAAGAGAAUCACAUGUUAACGUCAAUGUUACACCAACAAGUCACGAUUUGUCCUCAGAUACACCUGAAAUACGAAAAUACAAAAAACGUUUCAAUAGUGAAAUACUUUGCGCUGCAUUAUGGGGCGUGAAUCUACUAAUUGGAACGGAGAACGGGUUAAUGUUGCUAGACAGAAGCGGACAAGGGAAAGUCUAUCAGUUAAUAAGCAGAAGACGAUUUCAGCAGAUGGAAGUACUCGAAGGACAAAAUAUUCUAGUGACUAUCAGCGGAAAAAAAAAUCGUGUCAGGGUUUACUACCUUUCUUGGCUCAAGAGUAAAAUACUGCGGACUGAUGGCCACAGUGACCAAGUAGAACGACGUAAUGGAUGGAUAAAUGUAGGCGAUCUCCAGGGUGCUGUGCACUUCAAAAUAGUCAAGUACGAGAGAAUAAAAUUUCUCGUCAUCGCUCUUAAAGACUCGAUAGAGAUUUACGCUUGGGCACCGAAACCCUAUCACAAAUUCAUGGCCUUUAAAUCAUUCGGUGAGCUAGCUCACCGUCCACUACUCGUCGAUCUCACUGUCGAAGAGGGUUCCAGAUUAAAAGUUAUCUACGGCAGUGCCGACGGUUUUCAUGCGGUCGAUUUGGACUCCGCAACUGUUUACGAUAUUUAUCUUCCAAAACACACUCAGGGACCCAUUUGUCCACAUUGUAUUGUCGCAUUACCACACAGUAAUGGUAUGCAAUUGUUGUUGUGUUACGACAACGAAGGUGUUUACGUCAAUACGUAUGGUCGUGUAUCCAAGACAAUGGUCUUGCAGUGGGGCGAAAUGCCAACUAGUGUGGCAUAUAUUGGUACUGGUCAAAUAAUGGGUUGGGGUAAUAAAGCUAUUGAAAUAAGAAGUGUCGAGACUGGUCAUCUUGAUGGCGUAUUUAUGCACAAAAAAGCUCAACGGCUCAAGUUCCUCUGUGAACGUAAUGAUAAGGUAUUUUUCUCGUCAGCGAAAGGCGGUAGCUCAUGUCAAAUUUACUUCAUGACGUUAAACAAACCGGGUAUGGCUAACUGGUGAUCCCGAAUGAGGCCGAAUAUGGCCCCAUCGUCUAACGUGCAAGCUUCACCAU